GGUGUACAAUGUACCAACUAAAGAUACCAAAAUUAGGUAUAUACAUAUUAACAGUAUGUCUUGCACUUCCUGGUUGACAGUGGAUACAUGGUGACGUUGUUCUUGUUGCUAUAAAGAUGAUUGCAAAGCUGCCACCAAGUGUAUUCUUAAUUAUUAUAGCGAACCUUUUUGUUCCAGUUGAAUCACAGAUAAAUCUGGCUUUAUAUGGAACAGUAGCACAGGAAACAACGUAUACAGACGAAGCUGGUAUGUCAUAUACUGCCAACUUGGCAAUAGAAGGACCAGCAAAUAAUAAUUGGGAAGAUGGAUGUUCAUCUACUGGUCAUCAGGCGCAAACAUGGUGGGGUCUUUUUCUUCCAAGGCUGGCCUACAUAACAAAUAUUAAGAGUUAUUAUCGGAAGGAUGAGGCACAUCGCAUGAACGAUUUCCGGGUGUACUUUGCAAAUGGCAGUGUGUUUAAGAAAACUGAAUUGUGCUUUAGAGAUAAUGAAAAACAGGCACAUAGUUAUCUGCAUCAGAGCAUCGAUUGUAAUUUAAGCCCUACAAGGAAUAUGUAUUACUUCAACAGAAACACGUUUAUCGAAUUAUGUUACAUAGAAAUAAAUGGAUGUUGGAAAGGUUUCUGGGGAAAAAACUGUACAGUACCAUGUCCACCGACUUGUAUUGACCAACAUUGUAAUCCUGCAAAUGGGAGCUGUGUUUGGGGAUGUGACUCUACAAACUGUAUGAAUAGAAAUUGUUAUAAAAAUACAGGUGUUUGCUAUGAAGGGUGUGUACUUGGACGAGCCGGACAAUACUGUAAUAAAUAUAAUUUAGCCUAUAAUCAAACAGCAAACAUACUUCCUGUUGGUCAAAGUAAUGCAGGACUUUCAAUCGAUGGACUCAUAUCAACGUGUAUUAUUUUUUCUUCUACUGCAUCCAGUUCCUACUUACAGGUUGAAUUUGAAUCUUUAAGUGCUUUAACUCUAGUGCAUAUUGUUUUUGGAAGAGAUAAAACAAUUGCUGACGAUGGAAAUGCUGUCUAUUGCUCUAAUACUACUGACAAGUGGAAUGAUGGCAUUUUAUUGUACAGUGGACUACGGUUGGACACCGACAUAAUUACUUUUGCUGUUUGCAAAUAUUUGACGUAUGUACCACCAACUUUAAGUGGAAAUAAUAUGAUCGAAUUGUGUGAAAUAGAAAUCGGUGGAUGUCCAUAUAGACGAUACGGAGACAAGUGUGAGCAUGUUUGUUCAGAAAACUGUUUGGGACAAGGACAGUGUGAUUUAGUCAGUGGAAAUUGUUUAUUGGGAUGUUCAGAUGGUUGGGUUGGUGAAAAAUGUGACCAAGCCUGUGAUGAAGAUAAAUUCGGUGGUCAGUGUCUACGUGACUGCUCAGUUAACUGUUUAUCAUCACCUUGUGAUCAUGUGACGGGACAAUGUAAAUCAGGCUGUCUGAAAGGAUGGGAAGGAUUAAACUGCUCAAAAGAGUGUAGUAAAGGGAACUUUGGUUGGAAUUGUAAUGCAACAUGUGAUGGAUGUAUAGUUAAUGAAUGUAAUCAUAUAAAUGGAGUCUGCAAAAUUGACAGUGUUUGUAAACCUGGCUAUGUCUACGGAAAAUAUUGUAAUGAAAAGUGCGAAGCUUGGCAUUUUGGAACUAAUUGUAAUAAGAUGUGUAACUGUCUUAAAUACCCAUGCAACAUAUUUACCGGUGAAUGUUCAGAUGAUGGCUGUAAAAAGGGAUGGAAAGGUGACUCAUGUGAUCAAGAAUGUGUACCUGGCUAUUUUGGUUAUAAUUGUGCCUACUUAUGUGAGUCUUGUUUCAACCAGUCUUGUGAUAUUUUUGAAGGCAUUUGCAGAAUCGGUUGUAACGACGGCUACCGUGGUCGCAAGUGCGAUAUGCCAGUUUCAACAGAAUCUUCAGCAAUAAUUAGAUUUGGGUUCUUUGUUGGCGGUUUAGCAAGCAUGUGUGUUGUUCUGUUUAUAAUUUGGAUGGUCAAAAAUGCGAGAAGACGAAUAUUAAAAACGAAAGAAAGUAGACAAGCUAUAGACAAUUCAAAUUCAAAUAGUAACGAGCAGCAUUAUGAUGACAUUAUGAAAAUGGAAGGUUUAUCCACAUAUCAGGAUUUGACGAAAGAAACAAUUACUGUGUCAAGCGACUAUGAUCAAAUUAAUAAUUCAUAUAUUAAUCAAUAGAUGAUGAAAUAUACCAUUUGUUUAUUUGG